UGGUAGGAUUUCACCGAAAUGAAAUUGAUGGAACUGAAGCUCUCAAAAAUCAUACAAAAAAUAAAUUUGCAGCAUUUAAUCAAUUUAUAUAGUUCCUACAACAAUGAUAGUAAUAAAAAACCAUGACAAACUUUACAAAUUUGGACAGGGUCAAAGUUUACCAACUACUUGUGAAAGAUGUAUAUAAGUAGAAUUGCUUGCUCCUGAUUUCCUUGUCAACACAAGAUAUUUUACUGCCUUAAAGUUGUUUUUUCCAGAAAAGAUGAUUCCUUGAAGUAGAAGAUUUUUCUGUAGACGUAUAUCAUGGCACCGCCAAAAUCAAGAAAAAUAGCAAUUAUGGGCUUUCGUUCAGUUGGAAAGUCAUCAUUAACGAUUCAAUUUGUCGAAAAUCAAUUCGUGGACUCUUACGACCCAACAAUAGAAAAUACAUUCACAAAGAUCGUAAAGAACAGAGGGCAAGACUAUAACUUGGAAUUGGUUGAUACUGCUGGUCAGGAUGAGUACUCCAUAUUUCCUCAAGCAUACUCAAUGGGCAUUCAUGGUUAUAUACUUGUUUUUUCUGUUACCUCACAGAAAAGCUUUGAUGUUGUCCAAGUCAUCCAUGACAAGCUGCUAGAUUUCACUGGACAGAACAGAGUUCCAACGAUAUUGGUGGGAAAUAAAAAUGACUUGCACAUGGAAAGGGUCAUUUCAACAGAGGCAGGAAAACAACUAGCCAACAGAUGGAAAGCAGUUUUUUUAGAAACUUCUGCCAAAGAACACAAGAGUGCAGAACAAGUGUUUUACAGUAUUCUGGCUGAAAUUGAGAAACAGCAGAAUGGUCCGAGCGAGAAAAAGGAUGACUGUACUAUUUUAUAAGAAUCGCAAACUAUUUCUUAUCGCCUUCUGAAACCAAAAAUUCUCAAAUAGCAAUUUAUAGUAGUGUGCAUAGAAAAACUAUAUAUGUACAGGUCUACAUAUGUAUUUUUUCAUUCAUAUUUAUGAUUGCUACAUAUCUAUGGGUCUUGCGUCUACACAUUGCCGGAAAAUCAUAAGCCUCGGGAAAAAGUCUAUUUUUCUGGGUCCCUUACGCCUGCGUUUUCUUUAGUGAAAACAGAAACUUUUAAAAAGGGACGGGAACCAAUUAAAACAUCAGCAAUGACAGUUUUAGUAAAAAUAUAAAAAGAUUUUUUACAAAAAAAUGGAUAGAUAAGCAUUGUGUAUAUAUGCUAGCAACAUGUAGAUAAUCAUUUUAGUAUAGCAACGCAAACGUCCGAGGAUACGACGUUGAUUCCUUGUUUUUGAAUCGUUUUCGGCGUUUUUGUGUGGACGUCAAGAAAAUUUUACAUUACCUAUGUGCUGACAAGAAUUUUUUGAAUACGACGUGGCUUUAAUCAUACGUGCAUAAAGAUUUUUUCAUAUGUUUUUUUUUCUAAUUUGUCUGUGUACUUUUGAAUUAAAUAAAUAUUGGUUUUCAAA